AUGGCCGAAGGUGCGCUCCGGGAAAUGGGCUUCUCAGACCGUAUACUGAGUCCUUCGUCCGCCGAAUUCGCACCAGCAUCGCUUCGUGCCAAUGCUGCAGCCGAAUGCAAAGCUGCACUGAUUGCAUUUCCAGCUUCUACAGAAGCUGUCUCCUUGGCAAUAAGAUUUGCAGCACGUUCCAAGCUAGAGAUUGCUGUCAAGUGUGGGGGUCACCAUUAUUCAAGCGCCAGCAGCAUCGAAAAUGGCCUUGUAAUUGAUAUGGGUGCCCUCAAGAGCGUCUCAAUUGACAAGGCCGCUAUGAAGGUGACUAUAGGAGGCGGCUGUCUAUGGGGGGACGUCUAUACAGCAUUACGCGACAAACGCCUUGUCUGCGUUGGAGGCGGUGUCCACGUGGUGGGCGUUGGUGGUCACAUCACGGGGGGCGGCUACGGGCCCUUGUCCUUCAAAUACGGCAUGGCAUGUGAUAAUGUCAUUGAAGCCACCGUCGUCGUUGCAGAUGGAAGAAUACUCCGAGCCAGCGAAAUAGAGAACUCCGAUCUGUUCUUCGCCAUCAGAGGCGGCUCUUCCUCAUUCGGCGUUGUUACGGAGUUCGUGCUCAAAAUAUAUCCUGAUCAAGGCCCCUAUUUCUUCAAAUCUGUUGGCUUUACAGCUGAUGCCCGAGUAAAAGUCUUUUCUGAACUGAGAAGUUUUCUUGCACGCAUUCCGGUUGAAAGACAGAUAUUAGUGUUUUUAAACUUCGUUCGCGGUCCACCGCCACACAGUGAGGCACUAAUCAUACUGAACUUCUUUGGGCUCGGUGCUGUCGAAGACUUCGAGGAUGUUUUUGAGCCAUUUCUCAAAGCUGGAACACAAUUUCUCAAUCAUACAACACAUUGCCCAUCAUUGGUCGAGUUUAGUCAUGUCAUUGAUGAUCUAUUACUUCAAGGUGCACCGCGGAAAGCCAAUGGGGGUGCUCCAAUCACCAGUCUAUGGCCGGGAAUGGCAGAAGAAGUUUGGGAUCGUUGGAUGAGCUACACAGACGCAAAUCCAGAUGCAAGACAAACAAAAGUGUUUCUGGAAUUUCACAACAGUAAGCGGCAGCGUCCGGAAACAACAUGUAUACCAGUCGAUGUACCAAGACAUGGAAUGUGCGUAUCGAGCGAAGAACAUCAUGACCCAGCUGGAGAUCAACGUGCUGAACAGUGGACUCACGAAAUGAAUAAUGCGGUACGUUCGUAUGAGAAACGAUAUGGAGCACGAGACUUGGGAGUCAAUGGCAACGCGAGCAUGUUGAUUGAGAAAAGCGAGGAUGUCUGGGGUCAACACUACUUUCGCUUGCGGAGAAUCAAGGCGAAAUACGACCCGACAUAUGUCUUUAAACGCUACUUCCCAAUAGUGUUAGAUCUAGAUGGCGCUAGCGCAUCGUUAUAA